AUGUCUCGUUUAAAAAUAUUUUCAGGAGAUUUACCUGAAAUAACAUCUGAAGUCAUAAAAUAUUUUAAAAACGAUUUUUCAACUUUACAUUCAUGUAUUUUAGUCAACAGAUUGUGGUGUCGUUUAGCGAUUCCAUUAUUAUGGGAAAAUCCAUUUUCAAUUCCUACCAGAAAUUGUAAAUUUAUCGAAAUUUACUUAAAUAAUUUAAAUGAUGAUUUAAAAUCAAAAUUAAAUGAAUAUAAAAUUAUUGAUAAUUUAUUUUCUUCUUCAAAUACUCUUUUUAAUUAUCCUGGUUUUUUAAAAUAUUUGAGUACACGGGAAUUAAUUCAUACUAUUGAAAGAUGGUUUGAAAAUGUUCUUAUAAGAAAUAGAAUUUUUAAACGAGACUCAGCAAUAUCUAAUUUAAGAAGUUUAAUUAGUAUAUCAUUAUUUAAAAUAUUUAUUGAAAAUGAAGUAAAAUUACAUACACUUGAUAUUGAGGUCACCGAUCAUCUUAUUCAUAAUUCUUAUCUUGACGAUUUUCUUGAAUUAAUAUUACAAAAACCAAAUUUUAUUUAUAAUGUUAGUAAUUUAAGACUUUAUAUUAUGAAUUCCUCAUUUGAAGAUAAUAGUAAACAUACGUCAAUUAAAAAUCAUAUAUCACAAAUAAUUAAUUCACAUCAAAUUCUUAAAAAAUUGGUAUUAGGUCAUAAUAAGAGAUUUCCUUUAUAUCAAUCAUUAUUGUUAUCAAAGGAUUAUAAUUGUUCAAAUACUUUAAAUACAAUCGUAUUAUAUUCCAUCAAUUUUAAUGAUAUAAACAAUUUAGAUAAAAUAUUUGAACAAUUAAAUGUUUUAGAAUCUGUUCAUAUAAUUUAUUGUUCUUCUUUAAAUACCAGUUUUACUCAACAAAUUAUUAAUUUAACUAAACCUUUAAAAUUAAAAUCUUUAUUUAUAAAUGAGGUAUCACAAAUUGAGUCAUUACAAUUAUUAUUACAAAAUUAUGGUAAUUAUUUAGAGAAUUUUGGAUUUGGAUUUGGAGUUGGUUAUGGUCUAUCAUUAACAUUAUUUAGACAACAAUUAUUAGAAUUAAUUUCAAAAUAUUGUAAAAAUAUCAAAUUUCUUGAUAUAUUUGAAUUUGAAGAUCAAGUUACUUAUUCAGCAUUGAAUUUAAUUGAAGAUAUAAAACAAAAUAUUAAUUAUCUUUCUAUUAACGUCGGUCCAAUUUCUACAAGUUAUUAUAAAAGUGGUUCAAUUAUAUUACGAAAUUUGGGUCAAAUACUUCCUCUUGAAUUAGAUUAUUUAAGUUUGACUCUUAAUGUUGAUAUAACCGAUUUUGAAAUAUUCUUAAAGAAUUCUCAAAAUAUUUUUAUUAACAAAUUAUUAAUCAAUAAUUAUGGAGUUCAUGAAAUUUUACCUUAUAUAAAAAAAUAUAUUAUGAAAGAGAAAAGAGUCAAAUAUUUGGCUAUUAGUGAUGCUAUUUAUAGUAAAUAUACAUGUUUCUCUGACAAAUAUUACUUUGAAUACAAAGAUUUGUUUUCAUUAAAAGAUGAAGUGAAGGAAUUUGAGUUGUAUAAUAUUAAAAUUCAAAAAUAUGAUGAUUUGGUUAUAAGUAGUAGAUUAAACUUAUUAAACUUUAUAAAAAGAUUGGAUUAA